AUUGAACAGCUGUCAGUUGUUUAAGUCGUUACUGCCAUAAAAGGAGGUUCGUUACCUUAGUCGCAGGAUGCCUCGACGCAGUUCUUCCUUAUAUAUCCGACAUCUCCCUGAUACAUGCAGACAUGAUGACUUAAGACGCUGCUUUGGCCGUUAUGGCAGGAUUGUUGACGUGACAAUACCCCUCGAUUUCUUCACUGGAAGAAUGAAGGGUUACGCAUUUAUUGAGUUCGAGAAUCCUAGAGACGCUGAAGAUGCUCAUUACUACAUGGACCACACACGGUUCAUGGGUCGCGAUAUCGAAGUCGAGUUUACCCGAGGUUAUCGUAAAACUCCUGCGGAGAUGCGUUUAAAAGAAAGGCGUGACGAGCCUCACCGCGGUGGAAGAAAGUAUCGUUCGAGAUCCCGUUCCAGGUCCUACUCCAAUUCUAGACAAAAGGGAGUCGAACCGUACUAUCGUGGUCGCCCUAACGAUCGCCGAGAUGAUUCACGAAGGCGAAUGAAUAAUGUGCGCCCCAAUCGAUCGGCUUCAAGAUCAAGGUCUCCCACCAGGUCACGGUCGGCAAGUCAUGACGGCAUGGAUAAUGGUGAUGAAGUACGCAAAGGUAGUCGACGCAAUGAUCGUAGAGACAACCGUGCUGUCUCCAGAAGUCCUGCACAUAGGCGUGGUUCUUUAUCACGAUCUCGUUCCGGUUCAUACUAAUGUACAUUUGUUGAAUUCAACCAUUUCAUUCAUCUUUGCAUUUUUAAUAAACGUUUAUGUACACAUCCAAUAUGCUUACCUGAUUCUGUUUACCAUAUUUUUAGUCACAGCUCCCUGAAGUCAAUUAAUAAACUUCAUACUCAAUUUCGUCCAGUCAUAUGGAUAUUAAGUCACAUGGCUUGUGUUAGUCUUUGUGAUGCCUCACUACAGAUCUAGUUUACCCCCGAAAACUUCCGACGAGUGGUUUCUUGUUUUCUUACCAGAGGUCGUACCGCUAGUUGGUGAGGGCUGAUUAACGUUAUUUAACGCUCAAAUCGCUUGGGAUGGAGCAUACCAAAGGAUCGCUUCUAGUUCUCCAAUCGGGGAAGAGGCUCAAGCAUCCAAGUUCCUCAUCAUGGAUUUACUUGUGGUCUGCCAUGAGCUCACGUUUUUGUCCACUUGGACUGACUGCGUUGACGCCAUUGCAACCGACUGACCCAAUGUUGAAAUGUUUUGGUUUACAUUUUCGAUUUUAGCGAUCUUCUAUGUAGGAGAUCCUAGUGAUUUUCCAUCUCAAUGACCCUUUCAUAGACAAAUAAUAUAUGUAUGGCGCAUACUACUUCUGCAGACAGAUAUAAGUAGUAUGU